ACGGUAACUUAUGUUACGCGUAGAGUAUGUAUCCAGUACGGUACAGUAAAAGCAAGCAGGCCACCCUGUCACACUGACCAAACACAUAGUCUACGGUGUCCUGUCCACCAGCAUACCGUAGCCUUCUCAGGCCAUCCAACAGCAGCAAUACUGUACCAACCUCCCGGUAAACACAAUCACCCAUUCAUUCAUUGCACUCAGUUUCACCGUCGCUCUUUCACAUAAUCACCCGCUAUGUCUGCCCUCUUAUCGCUUAUCGGCUGGAGUUUUCUCCCUUCUGUAAGCUCCCCAUUCCCUCCUCUAAACUAGCUAACAAAUACCCCAUAGCUAGCAACCUCCUCCAUCCUUUCCUUCUGGUACCGCCUGAUAACCCGAGCGGGCGAUCCCCGUCCCCAGCCGGGCACGCCAACCUACCUAAAAGCCUACAAGCUCACCAACUUCCUAGUCAUAACUCUCUACCUCCUGUACACCAUCUACGAAUCCUACAAUGCCAUACUUCUCGGGCCAAACUUCUACAAGAUUCUGGGGGCAGGAAUGCGUGCUAGUGAUCGGGAGCUGAAGGGGAAAUUCCGGCGGCUCACGGUGAUGUAUCAUCCCGACAAGGUCGGAACACAGGGAGAGACUUACUUUGUAAUGUUGAAGACUGCCUACGAUACACUUAUCGAUCCUGUAAUGAGGGGGGCGUAUGACCGGUUUGGACCAGAUAUACUUGAAUGGAGGAAUUGUUCGAGUGCUUAUGAUUAUUUGAUCCGCGGGGUCACGAUGAUGGUGCCGUAUUAUUUGGGAAGUGUGCUUGUUUUGGUGAUCUUGAGUGUUCUAGGGAAGAUGGAAUUCGGGAGAUACGUGAGCUCACCUAUAACCCGUGUUGAGGUUGAAGCUCUUGCUGAUACGCUGUUUUGAUAUAUAGUGGCGCUUCUACGCAUUCUUUUGCAUGGCUGUCCUCGAAGCCUUCAUCGUUACUCGGCCGUUCCAUUACUUCACACGAAUCCCCAUCUUGAAUACGCUCCUCCCUUUCGAGCAACUUGCGCUCGCGCGUAAGGUCCUCUUUACAACCUUCAUCGCACUCUCCCAGCUCGCACCACUUUUCCAGCACAGCCGUCCCAUCAGUGGCCCCCUGACUGCGGAAGCGCUGGAUCCGCAGCUGGACCGCAUGGCAACGCUCCUUCAUAGAAACGAUGCUGAGGCUUCCACAAUACUUACCCAGGAAUUGCUCCCGUUCGACGCGGACCCUGGAAUGCAGAGGAUGCUUAAGAAGAAGUUGGAAGAUUGGAUGAUCGAAUCGGCGAUUAGGAGUGCGCCAGAUGUCAGAGAUGCUGUUGGCAAAGUUAUACAGCGACGAGGAACCGAUGCUCCGGCCGGUGCUAAGAGAGCAGGAUAGAUUGGAGCUGGUGUCUGGCGGCAGGGUACUCGGAGGCGGUGAUUUAUAUUCGGGAAGCUCCUUCCCUCGAUCUCACGUGGGUUACACGCAAGUCGGGGCUUGUGGUUCCCGAUCUGAUCACCCCCCCCGGCCACUUUCGAAAAGUGAUUCAACAAAACAUGAAUUCCUAUCAACAAGUGCGGUUACAUCUAUGUUCGUAACCAGUGUGGAGGCUGCGUAUAUACACGAGUUUUUUUUAGGUCAGCAAAGAGUUUGCUAUCUCAUGCCCGUUAUUCAAGUGGCUCUCUUGUCACAUGUACGAUGCGAAUUGGGGUACUUGUAGGAUAGUAAAAGAUUGGAGGUGUUGGCGGCGUCCAGGUUUCCUCCAGGAGCAAUAGAUUGUUUUUCGCUAUUUGAAUACGCAGAUUUGGUUAGUUCG